AUGAGGGUCUGGGUUGCGUCUCUGAUACUCUAUUGCUCCGUUUACAUUAUUUGUGAGUUAUUCCGAUUUCUAUUGGGACGGAAGAUACUCAAUGUCAACGAAAAAUACUUGCCCUUGGUGCUGGAAGUAGGUCAUAUCACAGAAUUCAAUUCGUUGUAGUUCAUAGGAACAGUUCAAGUAUGUGCUCCUAUGUUUGAUGUAAACAUUGUUCUCCAAACCUAUGGUAUCCAAGGCGUUGUAAUUGAAAUCACGUUCAUUGAAUUGAUGAACUUGGUUUUGCUACGAGAUGCUUCUGCCGAUCCCUGCCCAUUUGUAAGUUUAUGUGACAAAUCCAUAAACUUUCGGCCAGAUUAUCGGUUUCAUCAAGAAACAAGUGUCGGCUCAAAAGUUAUUCGCCUUUGUGGGAAUUCAAUUCCUUGCAGCUUAUCUGUCGUAUGUCUUCGUUCUGGGAUUCUGGAAGUUAGGAAUGCAUCCAAAGCAUUCGGAAUUCCUACACGAAGAUUGUGAAUCUGACUUAUCGGUAAGGUCAUCUGAAAUGCAUAAGUGCUUUAGGUGACCAUGUUAUUUGGCUCUUUGGUGGAGGCUGGAGGAUUAAUUGCAAACAAAUUGGCCGAAGUUUAUCUCGAGGGGAAAAUCGUUACCCAAAGGAUUCUUCAAUUUGCAAUUGCGCUUGUUGCCGCCUUGGUUACCGUCUUAGGUAGGAUAAAAAGAAAACAUAAAUGUUUCUAGGAAUAUUCUACACUGGCAUGUAUGCGAAUCCAAUUGUUGCAUGGGCUUGUACUUUCAACUGUGGCGGUGUUCCUCAUUUAGAUCACUUCGUGGUUUACUGGAUAUCACCCAUUGUGGCUCAUCUUGCCAUUGAAAAGAUUAUCAGCCAUGGCCAUGCAGAAGCGAAAUUAGAUGCUUCCAAGAAAACAGAAUAA